CGUUUCUAUAAAAAAGAUCUAAAAACAAUGGAGUCGUUGAUAUAGGGAGAGUCAACAAGUGUCAUUCUUAGACAUAAGCCCGGCUGUGCCGCGGAGGUAACCGCGGUGUAGUCUACCUAGGAGUAAGAGUGAGUCUACGCAACUGAGACCAUAUACGAAUUACAACUUAAACCACACAAAAAGAAACAACAGAUUUAAGAAAAUAUGUCUAAUACCUUACGACCUUAUUUGAACGCUGUACGCUCUACAUUGACAGCGUCUUUAGCAUUAGAAGAGUUUUCGUCGGAAAUUGUAGAGCGACAAAGCCAGCCGGAGGUUGAAGUUGGAAAGUCUUUAGAGGUUCUUCUGAAGCCUCUUGUUGUUUCUCGUAAUGAACAAGAGCAAUGCUUGAUUGAAAGUUCAGUAAAUAGCGUGCGUUUCAGUAUCCGUAUUAAGCAAGUGGAUGAAAUAGAACGGAUUUUGGUGCAUAAGUUUAUGCAGUUUUUGAUGGGACGUGCAGAAUCGUUCUUUAUCUUACGUCGGAAACCCGUUCCGGGAUACGACAUUUCUUUCUUAAUUACAAAUUACCACACUGAAGAGAUGUUGAAACACAAACUCGUUGACUUUAUCAUUGAAUUCAUGGAAGAAGUGGACGCUGAGAUUAGCGAAAUGAAGCUUUUCCUGAACGGUAGAGCUCGUCUGGUUGCCGAAUCUUACUUAAGUUGUUUUUGAGUUCCCUUACUUCUUUCCGGUAGAAAAAUCAUUUUUAACCUUCUCUUUUCUUCUUAACCCGUUACUUCCAAUCCUCGUCUUCUAUUCUCUAAACACACCUCUUUUUUAUACACAUAUGCAUUUUGAUGCAUACAUGACGACGCUUCUUACGUUCUGAAACUUUCGUAUAAUGAUUCUAUGAACGACUUCAAAACGUCGCAUUCAUAUAAGCCAAGUGCCUCAUGCUUCAUCCUAAGUUUUGAUCCUUGUAACCUCCUAAUACUUAUUUUUUUAUCUCCUUGUAUGUCAC